GUCCACAAACGGCGACCUGCACAUUUUGCCAGAUACAUUCUUCACGAAAAAUAACAACACGUUGGAAACUUGCUCGAACAUCGAGGUCUACAGAGAAGGUAAGACUGGGAACCGCGCUGAAAGUGGUAUCGGGAUACAUUUUUGUUUGACAGCUAGUGAUGUGUUCAAAAAAAAAUUAAUAAGUGUAUUAUUAGCUAAACACGUGUUGACUGGCUAGCUAAAUAAGUGGCUAACUAGCAAGCAACGUAACUAGCUAGCUGUAACUUAUGGACAACCCCCAAAAUGUUGCUGACGUUGUUCACUGAAAUAUAUAUAUAUUUUUUCCAAAGCCAGUGAUGUCGUGUUUCCGUGGAGAUCCCAACUUUUGUCCUGAGUGUGGGAACGUACUGCCUCUACCUGGGCUGCAGGACUCAGUCACCUGUCCACGCUGUGCUUUUAGCUUACCUGUCCGCGGUGAGGAUGGGUUGUUUGUUGUCAAAUAAUAUUGUAGCCUACUAACAGACAGAAUCCUAAUCUAAAGUGGACAACAACUAGCCUAAGUGCCAGUCUGUUUGUGCUUUCAUGCCAAUUGCUUGUCACAUCAUCAUUCCAAACAUGUUUGGCUUGACAAUGACGGGCAAUGCAGUUGGCAAGAGCGCAAACAGAUCUGGGACCACAAUAUUGUAUUUCAUCCGGACAGUUUCCUUUUAUCAAUUUGAUAUUUUCAUAAGUAUAUGACCCAUGAUGUAACUAUGUUUUUGUGUCAUCUUUAUCAGAAUUUUCAGGUCAAGAGAUCAGGUCUUCAGUCGUCUUUAAUCCUCUAGAAGUGUCCUCUGUUGCUGUGGAGGAGGAGGACUCAGAACUCAAGGGGGCUGUGGUAGGAAUUUAUUGCAAUGAUGUUCCUAUUCAUAAAUGAUCAAUGGUCCCAUUUUAAUAAUAAUAAUAAUAAUAUGCCAUUUAGCAGACGCUUUUAUCCAAAGCGACUAACAGUCAUGCGUGCAUAAAUUUUUGUGUAUGGGUGGUCCCGGGGAUUGAACCCACUACCUUGGCGUUACAAGCGCCGUGCUCUACCAGCUGAGCUACAGAGGACCAUUUUAAUUUUAAAAUGAAACAUACUUUAUCAAUACUCAAGAAACUCCAUUUAGGCUAUGUUCUGUCUGUAACCUCUAUAGAAAUCUACAGCAUAACCGUGUAAUAAUAAUACUAUUAUGUAUCAAUGUAUGUUCUCUCUCUAUAACCUCCUCAAACUCUUGCAUUCUAGAUUGACAGGCGCUGCUCUCGCUGCAAUAAAGAGGGGAUGGUUUAUCACACCAGACAAAUGAGAUCUGCAGAUGAAGGACAGACAGUCUUCUUCACCUGUAUACACUGCAGGUAAUGUAGAA